GGACGCACGCGAUAACCGCAUAUGGCCUGUGUUCUGUCCUCAUACCAGCUGGUCGUGCCAAGCCGUUCAACUGCGUGAAGGUGAAGAGUUUUGGCGAACAGUUUUGGGGGGGGAGAAAAAAAACAAGCGUGAACAGAGCCACACCAGACAGCCAAGAAUCUGAUUUUCCUUGCAUGCAGACGUUUUUGCGACGGUGGCACAUUUGCUGACACGCUCUCCGUUUAAGCAGCGACGGACGUAAAACCUACAACACGAUUAUCUCCAACUUCAGCUUCGACAACGCUCUUUUUCCCCCGUCUUUUUUCCUUUUUCCUCUUUGUUAAACAUUUCAUCAGCGGUGAAGUAACUCACGUAUCAUUCCUGUUUACAUCCCUAACAAUGGUGUCGUUGCUGAUAUUUAUUUUGAUACCCAGAUGGGCGCAUUUUCGGGAUAAUCGCUCCCGUCUAUUCUAAGGAUUUCCCACCACUGCCUCGUAGGGUGGAUUCUUUUUUUUUUCCUUUCGUUUAUUGUCGCUUCGUGUUUAAGAUAGCAACCUAUUAAUUUUUAAUUCAUAUGCAUCUGCACGAAGACGGUACCCGAGAGGAGAGAAAAAAAAAGUCAUACCAGUGGGGGAGAAAAGGAGAAGGAGGCGAGCGAGGGGAGAACCGAGAAUGAAUGAGACACACUGAGCCACCGAGAAGACGGAGACUGGAGGAAUCGAGGAUCCCCCUCAGGGAGGGUGUAAGCUGUGGAAAGUGCCACUCCACCCACCUGUGCCUGCUGACCACCUCUAAGCUUUAGCGUCCCCUGCUCCGCCCGUUCUUCAGCCUCAGAUAUGGCUCUGGCGGUCUGGAUCUUCUUCACCUGUGCUGUAGCGUUCAGCGCCAUUGCUCCAUCCUUCCAGGCUCUGGGCCGGUCAAUGAUGCCCUUCGGCUUGAUGCGGCGGGAGUUGGCGUGUGAAGGCUACCCGAUUGAGCUGCGCUGCCCCGGCAGUGAUGUCAUCAUGAUUGAGACGGCCAACUACGGUCGCACUGAUGACAAGAUCUGUGACGCGGACCCCUUUCAGAUGGAGAACGUGCAGUGCUACCUGCCUGAUGCCUUCAAGAUAAUGUCACAGAGGUGUAAUAACCGUACUCAGUGUGUGGUGGUGGCAGGUUCCGACGUGUUCCCUGACCCGUGCCCGGGGACCUACAAGUAUUUGGAGAUCCAGUAUGAGUGUGUCCCUUACAUAUUUGUGUGCCCGGGGACUCUGCUGCGGGUGCAGGUGCCCAGCUCUCAGCAGGAGGCCGAGCACCAGGCCGGGGCGUGGUGUAAGGACCCGCUGCAGUCCGGAGACCGCCUGUACGUCAUGCCCUGGACCCCCUAUCGCACCGACAUGCUCUAUGAGUAUGCCUCCUGGGAAGAUUUUAAACAGAACCGAGCCACUACCACCUACAAGCUGCCUAACAGAGUGGAUGGAACAGGGUUUGUUGUGUACGACGGUGCGGUUUUCUACAACAAAGAGCGCACACGAAACAUAGUCAAGUACGACCUACGUACGCGCAUCAAGAGCGGGGAAGCCAUCGUCACAAACGCCAACUAUCACGAUACGUCACCGUACCGCUGGGGUGGAAAGUCGGACAUUGACCUGGCCGUGGACGAGAACGGCCUCUGGGUGAUUUAUGCCACCGAAUCCAACAACGGACGAUUGGUGGUCAGCCAGGUGAACCCCUACACGCUGCGGUUCGAGGGCACCUGGGAGACCAGCUUUGACAAGAGGGUGGCGUCCAACGCGUUCAUGGCCUGUGGAGUGCUGUACGCGGUGCGAUCCGUCUACCAGGACGACGACAGCGAAGCGGGCGGCGACCUGGUGAUGUACGCUUACAACACCAACCGGGCACGGGAGGAGCCGGUGAACAUCCCUUUCCCCAACCCGUAUCAGUACAUUUCCUCCGUGGACUACAACCCUCGAGACAACCAGCUUUACGUGUGGAACAACUACAACGUGCUGCGCUACGCGCUGGAGUUUGGACCGCCGGACCCCACCACUGGCCCUCUGACCACCACGCAAGUCACCACCACUCCUCCUCCGAGGCCACUGACCUCCAGUGCCAACCCGUCUACUACCCGUCCUCUGGCUCCUACAUCGCGUCCAACUGGCUUCAUCAACAAGCACCCUGAUCUGCGUCCCAUCACGGCCACCGUACCGGUCACCCGCCUGCCGUCCCGCCCUCCUCAGGACCCGGACCGCCAUUUCUGCGAGGCCAAGAUGGUCCGUGGUGUCCAGUGGCCUACCACCCACCGAGGAGAAAUCGUAGACCGUCCCUGUCCCAAAGGAUCUCUCGGCAUUGCUUCAUUCCAGUGCUUGGCAGAGCGGGUCAUGUGGAACCCUCGGGGUCCUGACCUGAGUAACUGCACCUCGCCGUGGGUCGGCCAGGUUGCCCAGAAGAUAAAGAGCGGGGAAAAUGCUGCCAACAUAGCGGGCGAGCUGGUGAACCACACACGAGGUCGAAUCCAAGCCGGAGAUGUGAGUUCUUCUGUCCGACUGAUUGAGCAACUGCUGGAUAUCCUGGAUGCCCAGCUUCAGGCCCUGAGGCCUGGGAAUAAAGAGCCAGCUGGACGCAACUACAAUAAGUUCCAGAAGCGUGAGCGGACCUGUCGGGCUUACAUCCAGGCGGUUGUGCAGACUGUGGACAACCUGCUCCGUCCAGAGGCGUUGGAGUCCUGGCAGGACAUGAACAGUACAGAGCAGGCUCACACCGCCACCAUGCUGCUGGACGUCCUGGAAAAAGGAGCUUUCCUGCUGGCCAACAACAUGUACGGGAAUCGCUUCUCCGACCGGGCCCCAAGUGUUGAUCUCGAGGUGCACGUCGUCAACACCGAGAUGGACCUGCAGGACUUGUCGUUCCCACAGAAUUACGCCAGUGACAGCACCAUUCAGCUAUCAGCGUCUACUAUCAAGCAGUACAGUCGCAACGGACAAGUAAAGGUGGUUUUUAUACUAUAUAAAAACUUGGGGUCCUUCCUUUCCACUGAGAAUGCCACGGUGAAGAUGGAGCUGGAAGGAUUAAACCAUGAAAAGAAGCGCCUGGCGGUCAAUUCUGAUGUAAUAGCUGCCUCCAUCAACAAAGAGUCCAGCCGAGUGUUUCUCACUCAGCCGGUGAUAUUCACACUCAAACAUCUACAGGCUGAGAAUUAUUACUCUCCAAAUUGUUCCUUUUGGAACUACUCGGAGCGCACCAUGACGGGGCAGUGGUCGUCGCAGGGCUGUCGGCUGCUGGAGACCAACAACACGCACACCACCUGCUCCUGCAGCCACCUCACCAACUUCGCCUUGCUCAUGGCUCACCACGAGCCCAACGGCCGUAUGCACGAACUGAUCCUCUUCGUGAUCACCUGGGUGGGCAUCGUCAUCUCCCUGGUGUGUCUAGCCAUCUGCAUCUCUACUUUCUGCUUCCUGCGGGGUCUGCAGACCGACCGCAACACCAUCCACAAGAACCUCUGCAUCAACCUCUUCAUUGCUGAGCUCCUCUUCCUCAUCGGCAUCGACAAGACUGAAUACCACAUUGCCUGUCCCAUCUUUGCUGGCCUUCUGCAUUUCUUCUUCUUGGCUGCCUUCUCUUGGAUGUGUCUGGAGGGUGUGCAACUCUAUCUCAUGCUCGUGGAGGUCUUUGAGAGCGAGUACUCACGCAAAAAGUACUACUAUCUGUGCGGCUACUGCUUCCCCGCACUGGUGGUGGGCAUCUCUGCAGCCAUAGACUACAGGAGCUAUGGGACCAAGAAAGCAUGCUGGCUGCGAGUGGAUAACUACUUCAUCUGGAGCUUCAUCGGACCUGUUUCAUUUGUUAUUAUGCUCAACCUCAUUUUCCUCAUGAUCACUCUGCACAAGAUGAUCCGCAAUUCUUCAGCACUUAAGCCCGACUCCAGUCGCUUGGAUAACAUAAAGUCAUGGGCUCUGGGUGCUACUGCCCUGCUGUUCUUACUCGGGCUAACAUGGGCUUUUGGUCUUCUCUUCAUCAAUGAGAACACGGUCAUCAUGGCCUAUCUGUUCACCACCUUCAACGCCUUCCAGGGGAUGUUCAUCUUUAUCUUCCACUGCGCCCUGCAGAAAAAGGUCCAUAAGGAGUACAGUAAAUGUCUGCGUCAUUCCUACUGCUGCAGCCGUACAUCCACCAGCAGCUCCCAUGGCUCUCUGAAGAACUCAGGCCUGCGUGCCAACAACCGCUACUACAGCGGCAGCCAAGCCCGCCACGCAGCGGCCCACAGACAGAGUCGGAUCCGUCGGAUGUGGAAUGACACGGUUCGAAAGCAGACGGAGUCUUCCUUCAUGGCAGGAGACAUCAACAGCACACCGACACUUAACCGUGCAACCAUGGGCAACCACCUCCUGACGAACCCGGUUUUACAGACUCGCACCGGCACCUCUCCUUACAACACCCUGCUGGCUGAGAGCUUCACCCCACCCUCGCCAGGCGUCUUCAACUCUACCGGAACUUUCCGUGAUCCAAAGAGUACACUGUCUAAGCCCCGUGACCCCUGUGGGAUGGAAACGCUUCCCCUGAACGGUAACUUCAACAACAGCUAUUCCAUGCGCACUGGCCCGUCGGGUGGAGGAGGAGGCAGCUGUGAUUUCCUAGGUGGUGGAGGUGGAGAAACUCCCCCACCCAUGUUCAACCACCGCAGCUCAGAGACCCUGGGAGGCGGGGCCAUCCGACGAAACCUCUCUGACGCUGCGGCCUUCGAGAAGAUGAUCAUCUCAGAGCUCGUCCACAACAACCUGCGAGGUGGCGUUGGAGGAGUAAGUUCAGGAGAGGUGGAGGACAGGGCGUACAGCAGCCUUGCCAGGGGACACCCUCACAGCGGGGCCGGUCGGGGGACGACCGUGGCCGGCCCGGAGCCGUCUAUGAGCAUGGACGAAGACGAGGAGUUUCUCAGAGAGGGACGGCAGCGAACACCGCAGGACGUGGAGCUGCUUUACAAAGCUCUGGAGGAGCCCCUGCUUUUGCAGCGUGCCCAGUCCGUCCUCUACCAGAGCGAUCCGGAGGAAUCUGAGAGUUACACGGCCGACCUCACGGAGAGCCUCGGCCACAGCGGCCACAGCGGCCAGAGCGGUAGUGGGCAGGGAGCAAACAGGGUGGCGGACUCCCCUGCUCACGACUCCCUGUACACCAGCAUAACCAACCUACGAGACUCUCCCUACCCCGACAGCAGCCCCGAGCCCCUGGAGGUGGUGCCCCGUUCGGCCCAGCCCCCCGAGGAGCUGUACUACAGCUCCGGGAGGCCCGCCCUGUGCUCCCGCGGGGCCACCAUGCAGACCUUCUUCCAAGCCCCGCCCCGGAGGCCCAGCGGGGACGGACACCAGGCUCCGGAGCCCGUCCAACACGAGGGAGACGGACAGAUGCAGCUGGUCACCAGCCUGUGACUGGAGCCGGAAAGAGGAAGCUGGGGGACUAACGUGAUGGCUUGAGCCUCCUCUGAGCCCGCCUCAUUCUUGUGUGUCUCGACUUUCUGCUCAUUUGGUUGCCUUUCUUUCUCGUGACUUUUAUUUAACUAACGUAUGAGCAAACAAAUUGGCCUUCUGGGGGUGUUCGAGGUUGACUCUGCAGACGCAGCCUUUAUCGUCAAACCUUUCCUUUUGUCCUCUGGGACUGAGUGAUGGGGGGUUUUCCUGAAACAGAGCGUUCAUCAGCUCUGCCUAACCAUCCUCCUUUCCUUUGGUACCCCAAGGCCAAGUCCAGCACUCUGAAUGUACCAAUCCCCACCCCCUUUACCUUUGGAUAUUUCAAAACUUUGAAACUUUGUUAAAGUUUUCUUUUUUUUUUAAAUGUAUUUUCUCUUCAAACCCUCCUCCAGAGUUGGGGAUAUUUUAUAUUUUGCUCCAUUUCCCUUUAUCCGCUGGUCUAUCUCAAGUCAUCAUUUGAUAGGUUUAGUUAGCAAUGGAGGGAAGAAAUAUAGGACACUAUUAUUACUUUUGAAAAAAAAAUAUCUCACACAAAGGUUGCCAAAAAUAUAUUUUAUUGAGCCAGAACAGAAACUAGAACAUUCAUAAGGCAAAUAUAUAUACACACACACACACACACACACACACACACACACACACACGCACACACCCA